AUGUAUGUAUCACUUGCAGUACGCAUAUCUCACUGUUCAUAUAUCUAUCACUUGACGUAUGCAUAUCUCAGUGUUGAUGUAACUAUCAGCUAUCGGAUGUAUAUCUCACUAUUCAUGUAUCUAUCACUUGCCGUAUGCAUAUUCACUGUUCAUAUAUCUAUCACUUGCCGUAUGCAUAUUUCACUGUUCAUAUAUCUAUCACUUGCCGUAUGCAUAUCUCACUGUUCAUAUAUCUAUCACUUUCCGUACGCAUAUCUCACUGUUCAUAUAUCUAUCACUUGCCGUACGCAUAUCUCAUUGUUCAUGUAUCUAUCACUUGCCGUACGCAUAUCUCACUGUUCAUAUAUCUAUCACUUGCCGUACGCAUAUCUCAUUGUUCAUGUACCUGUCACUUUCCGUAUGCAUAUUUCAUUGUUCAUAUAUCUAUCACUUGCCGUACGCAUAUCUCACUGUUCAUAUAUCUAUCACUUUCCGUAUGCAUAUCUCACUGUUCAUAUAUCUGUCACUUGCCGUAUGCAUAUUUCACUGUUCAUAUAUCUAUCACUUGCCGUACGCAUAUCUCACUGUUCAUAUAUCUAUCACUUGCCGUACGCAUAUCUCACUGUUCAUAUAUCUAUCACUUUCCGUACGCAUAUCUCACUGUUCAUAUAUCUAUCACUUGCCGUAUGCAUAUCUCACUGUUCAUAUAUCUAUCACUUGCCGUAUGCAUAUUUCACUGUUCGUAUAUCUAUCACUUGCCUUAUGCAUAUCUCACUGUUCAUAUAUCUAUCACUUGCCGUAUGCAUAUCUCACUGUUCAUAUAUCUAUCACUUGCCGUAUGCAUAUUUCACUGUUGAUGUAUCUAUCACUUACGGACUUGUACUUCGUGAAAAAUCUAUCUAUCUAUCUAUCUAUCUAUCUGAUUCUCCCACUUUAUUAAUGUAUAAAAAAAGUACCCCUCUUUUUUCCCUAUUCUCUCAUAUCAUAUCUAUCUUAAAAUGCAAACCUUUCUUUUUCUUUCUUUCUCAUUUUGCAAUACUUGACAUCUUUCUUAAAAUGCACACUUUUCUUUCUUUCUUUCUUUCUUUCUUUCUUUCUUUCUUAAGUUGUACUAUAUAUAUAUUUCUUACAAUAUAUACCAUUUUUUUCUUUCUUAAUUUACACCAUAUCAUAAAAACUCCUUUUCCGCUUUCUCUCUCUUUCUUUCUUUCUUUCUUUCUUUCUUUCUUUCUUUCUUUCUUUAUUUUGUACUUUUGUUCGUAUUGGCGUUUCUUCCUUUCUUUUAUUUUUGCUUCUUUCUUUUUUUUAAUUUUCUCUUUAUUUCUUUUUUCUAUUAUUUCCACUUCUUUCUUUCUUAUUUUCUUUCUUCCUUAUUUUCUUUCUUCCUUAGUUUGCAGUACUGUACAUCUUUCUAACAAGAAAUAUCUUUCUUUUCUUAUGGUAUUAUUCUUUCUUUCUUUCUUUCUUUCUUUCUUUCUUUCUUUCUUUCUUUCUUUCUUUAAUAGGUUGUGUGUGACAAUCGGUCACUUUACUGUUCCGGAAUUAUUCACGACAUAUUUGUUUUAA